AUGAGAAGUGACCUCUUCUCUAAUCUUAGCGGAGAGUUACAAACAUACGUUAUUGAUCCAAGUAAUUAUGAUUUGAUUGAACAAAUAGGUAUUGGAGGCUUUAGCGAAGUUUGGCUUGCUGAGGACAAGAGAACAGGAGAUAAAGUUGCUUACAAAAAAAUUCGAACCGAUAUUAGCCAAUCAGCAUUACAAACAUACGUCAGAGAAAUUACUACAAUGGCUAAAGCUGAACAUCCAUUCUUUUUAAAACUUAUCGGAUUUAGUGUCACAUCUCCUUUAGUUAUUAUCACAGAAUAUAUUGCAAAUUGUUCUUUAUUCAGAUUCAGACGUAAUGAAACCAGACGACAGAAGCUAACGCCUACUGUUCGUACAAAUAUCGCUUUAUGUUUAGCUUAUGGUAUGAAAUAUCUCCAUUCUCUUGGCAUCAUACAUCGUGAUUUAAAAUCCAUGAAUAUAUUACUGGAUGAUAAUUUGCUUCCGAAGCUCUGCGAUUUUGGUGUUGCAAGAUUUUUAUCAUCUGAUGAACCGAUGACGAGAAGUGCAGGCACACCUAACUGGAUGGCACCAGAACUACACAAUGACGCUGAUUAUGGCCCUGAAGUCGAUGUCUAUUCCUACGGAAUGAUAUUAUACGAACUUUUAACAGACGAAAUACCAUGGAAGAACUUAGAUCCGAUCUCCGUUCUCCGCAAGGUUGGUGUUGAAAAGCAGAGACCACGUCUUCCCCAAAGAACCGAUCCAUUUCUGAAAAAUCUCAUCGAAUCUUGCUGGGCUGAGGAUCCGAAAGACCGUCCUCAAUUCAAAGAAAUCUACGACCUCUUCAAAACCGGAAAAGUGACGUUUCCUGGUACGAAUUUUCCAGAUGUUCAAACUGUUCUUGAUAAAAUCAAGGAAUACGAACAGAACGGAAAAUGGCUUUCCAUUAAUGUAAGGCAUACGAUCAGAUCAACCCCAGCUUCUCCGAGUGGUUCUCUUUCGAAAUUUAAUUUAGAUUCGCGCCAAAGUCCACGGCCAGCGAGAUCCAGUCGCUCGGGAUCACUCAUUCUAUCACGUGGAACAAUAAACAGAUCACAGCCUUUCUUCGGAACUCGUAGGGAGUCCUGGGACAAAUCAAAACAAGAUUCGAUCCUGGAAAAGGCAUAUGGCAAGAAAUUCAUCGAUUUAGAAGCAAUAAAUGAUCCGCAUUCGCCUUCAUUUCGAUCAGAACUCAUCAAAGCUUCAGUAAAACUUCCGAAAAUUCAAUCAAGAUUAUUUAUGUCGAUAAUCAAGAAUUACCUGAAAGAUCCAUCGAAUAUAGCAUUAGUUAGUCAAGUUCUCAAAGCCCUACAGAAAAUAAUUCAAAGGAAAUGCCAUCGAGAUUCAUUUCUCAAAGCCAAGCUUCACGAGAUGCUUCCUUUGUCACCUGGAUCUCUUCUUGACCUUUCUCUCGAUAUAUUCAACGUGUUAUUCAGUCAAUCCGCGAUUAAAUUUUCUGAUUGGUUCAAAAAUGACAUGAUUACGAUAAUUAACGAAAGGCCGAUGCGAGCCGUGGUAUUACUUUCCUAUUACGCGAAGUCUUUUGAGUCAUUACCCAAUUCUUGGCCACUUUUAGAUUUAUUAAUCAAAAAAGCUCAAAUUUUCCUUACGAACAGCUGCGAAACAGAACUAAUUUCGACACUCUUCUACCUAAACUGGAAUUUCGACGAAUACAAAGAAGCUAGACUCAAACAAUCCCUGAAAAUAUUUUUAGCAGCGUUAGAAUCAGAUGAUAUCAAUACGAUAUGUUUAGCUUACAACGCGUUAUCGCAUUUCUAUGCCUCGAAACUCGUCAAAAUCGAUUACGGACUCAUUGUUGAACAUCUCGACAAUGAAACAACAGCUCCGCACGCUUUAGGUUAUCUGAUACGCGUAAAUGACAUUCCUGCUUUACCAGAACUCAUCAAUUCCCUUCUACACCUCGCAACAGAGUAUCAUGAAGCGAAUCUUUGUUUGGUCAAAAUCGCCGCUCUGAGUGAAGGCGCGAACUACUUGGUCCGUAAAAACAAUUGGAUGGUCCAGGAACUCCCAACUCUCGACGAUACAUUAAGAUUAUUUUUGGCAGUGAUAACUCACGAGGAAUGCAGACAUCCGAUAUCGCAUACGCAGAACGCUAUCAUAUUACUUACGAAAAUCGCUAAAUACGAGGAAUUUCUUCCUUAUUCUGCGAUUAUUAUCCGAAAAAUCGAACCUGAUAAAAAAGCUCUGCUCGACAUGAGGGAAUCGGAUCUGAUCAAAAUUUUCAUACAAACCGCUUUGAAAAAUAAUUCUGAUGAGAAAUUGGAAAAUUUGGUUUUGCACGCGAUUUAUUCGUUGAGCGAAACUGGAUUUGCUCCUGAAUACAUUGACUACUGCGAUAGAUUGAAACAUGAUAUUGUUUCCAAAGGAAGAAACAUGUUAUCUGCAAUGGCAGUCGUUGCUGACCUCGCAAGGUACUCUACGUGCGCUGAGAAGUUCAUGGAGUUGAAGUUGAAUACGCUGUUUAAGCAGCUGAUGACGAAUCAGGACUACAAAGAAUAUGCUGAAGAAUUUUUCGAAAACUUUGACCGCCACAAAUGA